AUGCCAGACGGUUUGGGUGAUUUUGAUUUUUUGCAGGGUUCACAAAAUAUCAAUUUGCUAAAGCGCUUGCAAAUCGAGGAUUUGGUUUUUGGAGAUAUCGUGCUUACCGAACUGAACAAUCAAGGCACCAGUACCAAGCAGCUUCGAAAUAACAAAUGUAUUCAAUCAGUGAAUGCACCAGUGCGAGUCCAUAAGAAAGCGCCAUCAUCGGUCGAUGGGAAGAAGCGCAAAACACCACAGCGACAGCAGCACUGCGCUUCGCCAACGCGAAAAAAUGGCGUUAGCGCCACUGGUGCGAAAAAUUCAAAUUUCAAGGAUGAUAAAGCAAGGAAGUCGACACAAAGAACGAAGAAGAAUCAGACCGUUCCUUCAUCAUUGGCCUCAACAUCAGAAGCAGCAGCAGCACCCAGUCCGUUGCAACGUCCGGCAACACCGUUGACCCCUUCACUGGACCCGGAGCUGUUGCGGCAGUUCGAAGAAGAGGAUCGUCCAAAACGCGUCCUUCGAUCGUCCACUAUUGCAGUAGGCUGCAAGAACAAUCCCAACAUUUUUAGCAACAGAAGGAGCAGCAUUCCUGAGCGGAAAAAAGCAGCGAUACUCAGGAGACCUUAUGCCCGAACAUCGAAGAAGCAAAAGCUAAAUAAUCUGACGAGUUGCGCACUGCUGGUCAACAAUGUUUCCGCUGUUAAAUCAUUUGGACCGCAAAAAAAACGCUACAAAUCCGAAGGCGAUACAAUGAAUGAUAAUAAGCCGGAAAAAGCGAAACAACGCAGGGUUUGUUUUCUUUUCAUUGUCGAAGUCCCACUUCAUUCUAGAGUUUUUGUUUUUUUUUAA